AUGCGAACUGGAAUCAAAGUGUUGCUUGCUAUAGGGGCUGCUGUGUCUACGCUGCCGCGCAGCCCGGCAGAUAUAGCACCACAUUCGGUCGACGAUGACGAGGAUGCCCAAGUACAGCAUCAUAACAUUCCCCAGCCGGCGUCCGAUGCAGAUCAAGAACCCCCCUGCCCCCAUGCUGCCCUCUCAUCAGACUUCCUCAUUGUCAUACGGACCGGCGCGACUGAAGCCCCCCAGAAACUUCCCGUCCACUUCCGCACGACUCUCACCUGCAUCUCGUCUUACAUUAUCUACUCCGAUCUGUCCGAGACCAUCACUGGACACCCAGUCCAUGAUGUGCUCGCGCAUAUAUCCGAGUCCACGCGCUCGCGUGUUCCAGACUUCACGCACUGGCGCCACCUUCGCGAGCAUGGCCGCGCCGGCCUCGACGACGCCAUUCUAUAUGGAAGCGGCCCGGCCGGAGCACUCGAGAACCCAGGCUGGAAGCUGGACAAGUUCAAAUUCCUACCAAUGACGCGCGCUGCUCUAGAUUACAGACCGGACGCCAAAUGGUAUGUGUUUCUCGAGCCAGAUACCUAUCUAUCCGCUCAGAAUCUAGCUACAUAUUUAGCAAAUUUCGACGCGGAAAAACCUCAUUAUAUCGGCAAGCAUAUGUUUCUUGACGAUGUGCUCUUCGCGCAUGGAGGCAGUGGCUUUGUGCUGUCACGUCCUGCGAUGCAGAAACUUGCGGCGCAUUACUCGUCGCAUGAGGAAGAUCUAGAUGCAAUCACGGAAAAGUCAUGGGCGGGCGAUGGAGUGCUUGCCAAAGCACUGCAGCAAGUCGACAUAAAUCUCUUCGUCGCCUGGCCUCACUUCCAGGGCGAUGCCGUUGCAAGCUUGGAUUUCAAUAUCAGUAAACUGGACAGACGGCCCUGGUGCUAUGCACCAGCCACAUGGCAUCAUAUGCGUGCUGAUGAGGUGCAGGCGUUAUGGGGGUUUGAGACGGAAUGGAGGGAAAAGCAUGGGGUGGACGCGGUGUUGAGGCAUCGCGAUGUCUUCGCGGGCAUGAUAAAGCCGAACUUGAGUGUGCGGAAGCCAGACUGGGAUAAUCUGUCUACAGAUACGGAGUAUAACAUCGCCAAGGUAGCGCAUAAGUCAUUCGAGAAUUGUCGUGCUGUGUGUGCAAACAGGCAAGAGUGCAUACAAUUCUCAUACUCGAAUGGGAAAUGCUCGGUUUCGGCGAAUGUGAAGCUUGGGUAUCCGGCGACGUCACAGUGCUUGGAAUACUCAAAUGCCGCAGGUGGAUGUGUGAGAAGGGCUGAAGUCGAUGCGAAUGGCGGGCAUGGCGUGAGUUCAGGAUGGAUGAUGGAGAGGGUGCAGAAACGCCGGAAGGGAACGAGUGGGUGCUAUGAAUGGUGUUGA